UUUGACCCUCCCGCGCAUCAUACUCCCACCUACCAAACGUGACUCGCACAUUAUACUCGACUUAGGCACUCUGAUGGGCUACAUCAAAUACUGGGCUGUUCCCAAGAGCCUCAGGAAAUUGGGGUGUAGAGACGCGAGGAAUAGCGGGUGGGGUGAUCUCUGGGCGCUUGGAGCGAAAGCUCGCAUAAGCCGAAACAUAAAGAUC